AUGGGUGUUUAUGUAGGUAUAGCUACUUCGUUUCUCAUGAACACGAUUCGUACGCAAAGGCCACGCUUCGCUGUCCUCGGUCGAGUAGGUGAUACUAUACUCUAUAAAAAUAUAAAAGUGUUUCCAUCUGCUGAAAAACAUCUCAAUAUCAAAAUUCUUCGUUUCGAUGGAUCUCUUUAUGCGUGUAAUGCGCCUUUUUCAAACGAAAAUUCUAUGAAUUAA